AUGAGAAGAUAGAUGAAAAAACUUAAGGAAUAAAAUGAACCUAAAGAAGUUGUGGAUGAAUAAUUAGUAAAACAAGUUCAUCAAGUAGAACAAUAGAAAAAAUAAAAGUAAGUAUUUUAGAUGAUGGAAAUGUCAGAUUCAGAAGAUGAAUAAUAACCAGAAUUAAAAAAUGAUGAAAGUCAAACUCAAUAAUUAAAUCAAAUAAUUUAGCCAUAAAAUGAUUAAAAUAAUAAUAAUUAACAAAAAAAGAAAAAUAAAAAUAAAAAGAAGAAAGAUAAAAAAUAAUCAUAAUAAAAUCAAGAUGAUGAUUUAAAAUUUUUAGAUAAAGUUUAAGCAGAAUAAAUACAACAAUAACAAUAAUAAAUAAUAUAAUUUUAAGAAUCUUAAGAAAAUGGUCCUCUUGCUAUUAACAUCAAAAGAUUAAACUAUAAUAAAGAAUUAUAAUAAUACUUUAAAAAUGCUAAAAUUGCAGGUGGUUAAUAAAAGAAAGGACAUAAAAAUAUCAAAUAAUCUUACCUUACUUAUAAUCCAGAAAUUUAAAUUCCAUAGGCUAAUAAAUUUAAUGUAAAAUUUGGAAAUUAAAAUGAGUAAGGUUUGUAAUUAUUCACUUUUGUGGCUUCUUAAUAAUAUGAAAGACUUUAAUAAGAUUAUGCAACUGUUAAGGGUUAUUAUGAUCCAUAAGCUAUUUUUAAUUUCUUAUAAAUGAAUCCAUCACAUUGUGAAGCAUAAUUUGAUGUUAGUGAAUAUUUUAGAUUAAAAGGAGAUUAUAAAGAAGCAAAUGAGCUUUUAGAAAGAUUACUUUAUAUUUAUGAAAGCAGUUUAGGUUUUGGUUUCAAUAAAUUCUUUGAAGAUGCUUCAAUUAAUCUAGAGAUUGAAGAAAAUGCUCAUAGCAAAGUAUUUUUAAUGUCCUUAUUUAAAUUUACAGAUGUAUUAACAAGAAAAGGAUGUUAUAAAGCAGCUUUAGAGUAAUUAUAUAUAUAUUAUAUUAAGGUUUUCGAAAAUAUUAUUGAAAUUUUGUCCAACAAAAGAUCCUUAUGGUGCAAUAUUUCUAAUUGAUUGUAAUGCACUUAAAUCAGAACAAUACGAUUAUUUGAUAAACUUUACUACUAAUUUUGCAAGAAGUGUCUAUAAAACUAAUAAAUGUUCUAUUGUUUUUAUGCCAAAUCUUAUUUAUAAUUGUGCAUUAGCAAAAUUUUUAGAAUAAGGAGAAAAUCAUAAUUACUCUUUUAAUGAUUAAAACAUAACUGAUGCUAUUAAUAAUUUUGGUCCUAAUCCUUUACAAGCAUCACAUCAAGUAUUAAUCAUUUAAGCAAUUCUUUUAUAUCCAAUUGUCCUUAAAUAAUUAGCAGAAGCUAAUGAAUUCUCUAAACAAAAUGUUGGAAAUUUAGAGAGCUUUGUUAAUAAUUAAAGAAAACCAUUUAAAGAAUUAUUGACUGAAGAAUUUUUAUAAAGAGAUACAUAUUUACAUUGGUUCUUACAAUUAGAUUCUGAGGAUGAUAAUGAAGGAUUUUUAAAAUCUAUUAGUAUUUUCAUUGAAAAAAGUAAAUCUCAAUGGAAAUAAAAUGAAAUCCUUAAAUGGAUCAAAGGGUAUUCUAUUUAUAGUUAAUUAAUUAGUGCUUUGGGAUUGAUUGUCAAUCAUAUUAAAGACCAAAAGUUAGACCUUAUUUCUUUUUAUGAAGACCUCAGUGUUGUUAAAGAAGGAACACCCAUCUGUAAUGAAAUUCCUUUCCAAUAUCGAAGAUAUAAAGAAUUAUCCAAAAGUCAUUUCUUAGAGAAUCCAGAAAGGUAUUUCUUAAAUUCAUUUAGACUCGAUUUCAAUAAUAUCUUUGCUGAAAAUAUAGGUGCAUAAUAACAAUAGCCUCAAUAAUAACUUCCAGACAAUUUUAAUCCUAUUAAUGUAAAUCAAGAGUUAUUGUAAGCAGUUUUUGAAACUCUUUUGCAAUAGGUUAAUGAUCCUAAUGACGAAAUGUGA